AUGAAUGGCUGUCUCUCACUAAGGUACAGACACUCUGGACCAGGCCUGGCCUGUCCCCAGGAGUACCACCAGUGGCUCCCCUACCGCCAUGACGCCAGCCUUCUGCCCAUGAAAGAAGACCUGGCCUUCUGGCUCAACACCAUGAUGGGAGUGGACCUCACAGCAGAUAAUCUGAUGGAGAGUUUGGAUAAUGGCGUUCUGCUCUGUGAGCUGGCUCAGCUGCUGCAGGACAAGAUGAUACACAACAACAAUGGCAAGGUCUUCACAAGAAGAGUGAUCCACUGGCGAGCUGAUGCAACUUCUGGAUCAUUUUUCGCCAGGGACAACACAGCCAACUUCCUCUACUGGUGUCGAAAGAUUGGUGUUGAUGAGACUUACCUUUUCGAGUCUGAGGAUUUGGUCCUCCACAAGCAGCCUCGGGAGGUGUGCCUGUGCCUGAUGGAGCUGGGACGGAUUGCAGCUAGGUACGGCGUGGAGCCACCGGGGUUGGUUAAGUUGGAGAGCGAGAUGCAGAGGGAGGAGGCAGGGAGCUUAUCUCCAUCAUCCCCUCUUUUCAUUUUUCCUCCUUUCUCAUUGUAUUCACCAUCCCAGCCGUCCCUGCCACCUGCCCCUUCUCCCCCUCCCCCUGCACCCGCUCCCCUCACUCCAAGCGCAUCCAGUCCAUCUGAACCCCUCGCUGCUUCGCUUGCCUCUGAUCUUCCAUCAGCCACAACAAACCCAGUAACUAUGUUUUCAUCCCCUCCUCAGUCCUCCCUCUCAUCCUGUACUCCUUAUACAGUCACAGUCUCGACACAAACACCUUUGUUCCCUUCAUCCUGCACCACCAACGCAUCUGCCUCAACUCCGCUGUCAGCGCCUUCACCAGGCCAAACCCUGGAAUCCACCACCAAAGUCUGCCUUACCGCAGUAAACGCCCGCCCUCCGAAAGCUACACCUCCCACUAACUCCCCACCUGCAGCCUUGACUCCUCGCUCAUCAAACAAGUCAACCAUCAGGAGGAGCUCCUGCACCAGCAUUUUGGAUGACUUUGUAAGAAACAUGAUUGAAAAUCCACCCUGCAGUUGUCCCGUCACCUUCCUGGUCGAGAAACAACCAAAGGGCUGUUACCGUGUUGGGGACAAAGUUCUUUAUAUACGAAUGCUGAAUGAGCGUCACGUGAUGGUACGAGUGGGUGGAGGAUGGGAGACCUUUAUGAGUUACCUGAAGAAACAUGACCCCUGCAGAGGAGGAGAAGGAGGAGGAGGAGCAGUGCUGGCAGGUAAAUCUGAGGUCAGGCUCUGUAAGGACAAACCAAAGCCACCCAACUUGAACAUCUCACCUGACAGUUACAUGGUGGUCGGAGCCCAUUAUCGUGGCAAGAAGUAACUGCCUCUGGCUUCAGGUGGCAGCGGGAACUCUCACCUAAUCAGAGCAAAGUGUUCAAGGUCAGUGAUUCAACACAGCUGACGUCCAUUUUACCUCAAGUUAAAAUACAAUCCAACCUUUUCUCCUUAUACACAGAUGUGACUGUUCUUAUAGCUGCGUGAAGUACGCAACUGACUGGGAUUACAAGCAUACUUAACUCUGCAUAUGCCACAGUCCGCUAGGAGGCAAAUAACUGGCAACAAUUUUAUCAAUUCACUUGCUUUCACCGCUUCCUGCUGCUGCAAUUUGUGCUUCAGCAGCUUUAUUUUGAGCUGUAAGAAAUUGCAGCGCAAAUAUUUUUGUCAGCGCACCAACUUUUGGAUGUACAUCAUUACUUUCAUAUAUUCUUCAUUGUGAAACACUCUUUCAGGAAAAGUUUUUUUUUGGUACCCUAUGCAAUAAUGUGUCUGGUGUAAAGUCAUCUGUUUAGAUUUGUGCAGUUUCUCAAGCUCACAAUGUGUUUAUGUUCGUUUGAACUUUUUUUUAUUUUAGACAUCCACAUUCCUUAAUCAUCUGUGUAUUUGAGUUUCAUUGGAUGUUUGCCUGUAAUUAAACCUUUUUUUAAAAUAUGUGUUUAAAAUAAUUGUAAUUUUAAAAAAAUAUAUA